AUGAGAGUGCCAUUGAUUCUUUUUCCAGCCUUCGUGGUAGCUGCUGAGGCCCAGGAACUAUACCUGACAACAACCGGUUACUCCGCACGACCACAAUGUACAGAGUCUAGUGCCCUGACUCCGCAUUACCGGUUCCAGCCAUUUUCGUAUACCCUGAAUGAGACUGUCCGUUAUGCCACAUCGGUGCCGUCCCCGACCACAACUCGGACAUAUGCCCCGGCCUACACGGAGGCCGUCAAGCACUUGACCACUAGCUGGUCGACAACAACAUGGGGGAGUUGGAUCCCAGGCCAGACGGAAAUUAGUGCCACAGACUCGCAAGACCCGUAUGGUCAAGCUGCGUGGUCCUCGAUGUGGCAGCAGGCUGAUCUCCAUAACUAUACCACCACGGGGAUAUUCUCAACCACGGUCAGUCCUACUGCUGUGCCGAGCAGUGAGCUGGUGUUGCCUCCGCGGGACUACUUUGGACCCACGGAUUGUUAUAAUUUCCCCAAGGACUUUAUUUUCGGUGUGGCAGGGAGUGCGGCGCAAAUUGAAGGCGCUGUUGCACUAGAUGGCCGUGGUCCUUCGUUGUUGGAGAAGUUGGUUCCUGACAAUAAGCCAAAGGACUUCGUGACCAACGAGAACUACUUCUUGUACAAGCAAGAUAUUCAGCGCCUGGCUGCGAUGGGUGUGGAAUACUACAGUUUUACAAUUCCCUGGACGCGGAUCUUGCCAUUCGCCCUUCCAGGAACCCCAGUUAAUCAGCAGGCCAUUGAUCAUUACGAUGACUUGAUCGAUACAGUCCUCGAUGCUGGGAUGACGCCAGUAGUGACUAUGCUUCACUUUGACAGCCCCUUGCUGUUCGUUGCCGGUGACAACAUCACGAGACACCCAGAUAUUGGCUAUAAUAAUGCCGGGUAUCAAAAUGAAACCUUUGUUGAUGCGUUUGUGAAUUAUGGAAAGAUCCUUCUGUCACAUUAUGCGGAUCGAGUACCUAUUUGGGUGACCUUCAACGAGCCUCUGCUGUACGCAUUCAACUUCAAGGGCGUUGACCAUGUUGUCAAGGCACAUGCCCAGGUGUAUCGAUUCUAUCACGAAGAAUUGAAAGCGACUGGACAACUAGGCAUCAAAUUCAACGAUAACUUCGGAGUGCCCAAAGACCCGAAGAAUUCCAGCCAUGUGCUCGCAGCGGAUCGCUUCCAGGAGAUGCAACUGGGGAUCUUCGCCAACCCGAUCUUCCUAGGAAAGCAGUAUCCGGAAUCCGUGUUGAACACACUCCCCGGGGCCAAACCCCUGAGCAAAUCCGAGCUGAAGUAUAUCAACCAUACGUCUGACUUUUUCGGAAUUGAUCCCUAUACUGCCACGGUCGUCUCCCCAGCUAGCGAGGGAAUCAAAGCAUGCACAGCCGACUCGUCAAGUGCCAAUCCGCUGUUCCCCUACUGCGUCAACCAAGAAACCAAGAAUGUUUACGGGUGGAACAUUGGCUAUCGCUCGGAGUCAUAUGUGUAUAUCACACCAACGUAUUUCCGAGAGUAUCUUUACUACCUGUGGAAUACCUUCCGACACCCAAUUCUGGUAUCGGAGUUUGGAUUCCCAGUUGCCGCCGAGGCUGAGGCCGAGGAGCUUUCCGAUCAACUGUUCGACUCCCCACGCAGCGUCUACUACCUCUCGUUCAUGUCAGAGAUUCUCAAAUCCAUCUACGAGGAUGGUGUGCAUGUGAUGGGAGCACUUGCUUGGAGCUUCGUUGAUAACUGGGAAUUCGGGGAUUAUGCGCAGCAGUUUGGUAUUCAGACUGUCAAUCGCACGACCCAGGAGCGGCACUACAAGAAGAGCUUCUUUGAUCUAGUGGAUUUCGUCAAGACUAGACAGCCUCGCAAGGACUGA